GCGACGCGGCAGCGCUGGCGGCUUCUUUCCCCGCAGUUUGUACUCUCUCUUCCUGACGCGUGGGUCCUGGCCAUGCCUUCCCUGCUCUCAGUCCCCAAGCUGGUUCCCGCCAUAGCAAGGCUCCGCAGCCUCUCAGGAUGCAUGUCAUGUUUACAGCGAAGAUACUCCCUCCAGCCUGUGCCAGAGAAGAUUCCAAACCGAUACUUAGGCCAGCCCAGCCCGGUUACACACCCACACCUCCUCAGACCAGGGGAGGUGACGCCAGGACUCUCUCAGGUGGAAUAUGCACUUCGAAGACAUAAACUGAUGGCUCUGAUCCACAAGGAAGCACAAGAGCACAGUGGGACAGACCACGCAGUGGUGGUCCUCUCUAACCCUACAUACUACAUGAGCAACGACAUCCCCUACACAUUCCACCAAGACAACAAUUUCCUGUAUCUCUGUGGAUUUCAAGAGCCUGACAGCAUCCUGGUUCUUCAGAGCUUGUCUGGGAGGCAGUUACCAUCCCACAAGGCCAUGCUUUUUGUGCCUCGGAGAGACCCUGGGCGGGAACUGUGGGAUGGCCCUCGGUCUGGCACUGAUGGAGCCAUAGCCCUCACUGGAGUGGACGAAGCCUACACACUGGAAGAAUUUCAACAUCUUGUACCAAAACUGAAAGCUGAGACGAGCAUGGUUUGGUAUGACUGGAUGAAGCCUUCUCAUGCUCAACUCCACUCUGACUACAUGCAGCAUCUAACUGAAGCCAAAGCCAGAAGCAAUAACAAGGUUCGGAGUGUCCAACAGCUGAUACAGCACCUACGGCUAGUUAAGUCUCCUGCAGAGAUCAAGAGAAUGCAGAUUGCUGGGAAGCUGACAUCAGAGGCUUUCAUAGAAACCAUGUUUGCCAGUAAAGCUCCAGUAGACGAAGCCUUUCUUUAUGCAAAGUUUGAAUUUGAGUGCCGGGCCCGAGGUGCGGACAUCUUAGCCUACCCGCCUGUGGUUGCAGGUGGUAACCGCUCCAACACUUUGCACUAUGUGAAGAAUAAUCAGCUCAUCAAGGAUGGUGAAAUGGUGCUUCUUGAUGGAGGUUGUGAGUCUUCCUGCUAUGUGAGUGACAUCACCCGGACAUGGCCUGUCAGCGGCAGAUUCACAGCACCUCAGGCAGAACUCUAUGAAGCUGUUCUAGAGAUCCAGAGAGCUUGUCUGACACUGUGCUCUCCUGGGACAAGUUUGGAGAACAUCUACAGUAUGAUGCUCACACUGAUAGGACAGAAGCUUAAGGAUCUGGGCAUCGUGAAGACCAACAAGGACAACACCUUCAAGGCAGCUCGGAAAUACUGCCCUCAUCAUGUUGGCCAUUACCUCGGAAUGGACGUCCAUGACACUCCAGACAUGCCUCGAUCACUCCCUCUGCAGCCUGGUAUGGUGAUCACAGUUGAACCAGGCAUUUAUAUUCCAGAGGAUGACAGAGAUGCCCCAGAGAGGUUUCGAGGUCUCGGAGUGCGGAUUGAGGAUGAUGUAGUGGUGACUGAGGACUCACCUCUUAUCCUUUCUGCAGAUUGUCCCAAAGAGAGGAGUGACAUCGAGCAGAUCUGCAGCAGGGCCUCUUGACCACUGCUGUAGCGCACUUAGAGCCUGGGAGCCAGGCUGGCAUCCCUGCCUAUGCAAGUAGUCAGUGUCUCUGAGGGGCAUUGCACAGCUGUAUGAGUGGAGAUCUUUGUAUAUGAGGACGCUUCCAUGUUAAAUAGAUGUAAACCUGGAAA